AUGGCUUCUCCGCUCUUGUUGUUGGCUGUCGUUGCCCCUGUAGCUGGAGCUCUCAUUGCUAUCGCCAAGGCAUACCGUAACGUCCGCUCGAAAGGCUGUCCUCCGGGCCCGAAACCCCUCCCGCUUCUAGGAUGCGCACUACAGGUAGACGCUACGCAACCGUGGCUCACCUACACAGAAUGGAAAGAUACAUAUGGUGAUAUCGUGUACUGUCCAACAUUCGGUCAGGACACCAUUGUCGUCAACUCUGAGGAAAUGGCGCAGGAUCUGUUUGAUAAGCGGUCCAGCAACUAUUCCGAUAGGAUGGAUGCUUCUGUCUUGACCGAUCACUAUGGGAUGGGCUACCACACCGCAAUAAUGGGGCACAACGACGAAUGGCGCGCGCACAGACGGGUAGUUCAGCAAGGUCUUCGGCGAGAGCCAGUUGAAGUAUACCACCCUGUUCAACUUCGGCGUGCGCACGACCUUAUCAAGAGGUUGAGGGAGACUCCAAAUGAUUAUUGGGAUCACUUCAAGAGGUUCUCUGGCACAACAAUUUUGGAAGUCGUGUACGCCCACAGGGCAGACGAAAACGAUGAGGAAGAUCCCGUCCUGAAACAAGUGUCUGAUUCCAACGAAACGGCCGUCCUCGUUCUCGCACCAGGAAAUAUCCUUCGCCUGAGCAUCUUUCCUUUCCUUAGAAUGAUCCCUAGGUGGUUUCCUGGAGGAGAGCUCAACUCCGCGUUUUCUAAGAGGCAAGUGAAGGUCAUGCUCGACACACCUUAUAAUGAGCUCAAAGGCAAGUUGGCCAGCGGCAAUGCUGGUCGAUGCCUGGUUGCCGACGCUUUGGAGCGUCAUGGCGGACAGAUUAAGAACGAGAACCUUGAGAAAACCGUCAGAGAUGUAUUUGGGACUGCCUACGCUGCUGGAGAGGAAACUAGCGCUUCAACGCUGAUGAUCUUCAUCCUUGCUAUGGUGCUUUACCCUGAGGUACAAAAACGUGCUCAGAGCGAGAUCGACUCCAUGGUCGGUAUUGGACGUCUUCCUAACUUUGACGACUGGUCGACACUGCCGUAUGUUGAAGCUGUCUUUCGUGAGACGAUGAGGUGGUACCCUGUCGUUCCUAUAGGCGUUCCACAUGCUGCGUCCCGCGAAGACGUAUACUGCGGAUACCAUAUACCUAAAGGUGCUGUGAUUGUACCCAACGUAUGGGCCAUGACGCGGAACGCCGAAAAGUACCCCUCACCCUCGGAGUUCAAACCGGAGCGUUUUCUCGACGAGCAAGGCGACCUGAUUAGUGACGACGUUGGCUACAUCUUUGGAUUUGGCAGGCGCAUCUGUCCAGGGCGGUAUCUCGCAAAGGCGUCUGUAUGGGUGGCGAUGGCCUGUAUUCUCGCCGAGUUUAAUAUUGAGAAGGCUAAAGAUGCAGAGGGUCGACCUGUUGAACCCAACCCGGAGUGGGUACAUGGGAUAACUUCGUCUCCAAGGUCCUUCCAUUGCAACAUAAUUCCGAGAUCGUUAUGAUAUUACGCCUGCGCCGGUUAAGACUCUACAUCAUUUCAAUCAGCAUGCACUCUACACAGUUGUAUUGACUACUUCAGAAUGUCGUACUCUGAUUCUUU